GAAAGUUUCAAGUUUCUGAGGCAACACGUGUGCCUGCGUUGAAGUUCGCUGUUUGAGUGGUGAAGAAGUUUAACAUAAAUGGAAAUUGGAAUUGGCGGUUCCUCUUCCUCAUGCUUUUGUUUGCAACGUAAGCUUCUUCUUCCUCCGUUAACUAGAAUUGCAUCUUCCACUCGUGCCUUGAGGAGUAGUACUUGCAUAAGAAGCUUUUCGGUGUCUUAUAAAAAGUUUGUUGAGUUUGCUUUGGAAGAAACCAGAAGCCACACUCACUUGGUCCCUUCGCCUUUGCAGGAAAAGUUCAGUUUCAUGAAAUCUAAGGAUGGUAAAGGAAGGCUUAGUAUGCUAUCAUUUGAAGCUGCCAAAAUUAGGCUUCUACGGAGUUUGAUCAUUGAGACAGAAACGAUGCAGGUUUUGGAUUUUACAGUCUUUCCAGAAUCAGAAUAUGAUGUCCCCAUAUUUUGUGCCAACUUUUUCACCUCUGCUAAAACAAACAUUAUAGUGAUGGACCUUAACCCCUUGCAUGAUAUCAUCAAUCAGUAUGAGUACAAGGAAAAGUACUUUAAAAGCUUAAUUCCUCUUGGCCUUAAAUAUGCUGAGUUCUUUUCAUGGGGAGGGAAGCUAACGAGUGAGUCUAUAAAUUUUUUCUCACCAAUUGUCAUCUGGACAAAGUUUACCUCAAGCCCACAAAAAUAUGAUAUGCUGUAUUCUGCAUUUAGGGAUUAUUACAAGGUUUGGUUGGAAUUGAUUUCUAAAGCAGUUAAAGAGACAGAUAAAUCUAAAAUUUUCCAAAAUCUCGAAGCACAACACAGAUAUCUGACAUGGAGAGCUGAAACGGAUCCGGGACAAGGUGUUUUGAACAAGCUGGUUGGGGACACACUUGCAAAGGAUAUGUUGAGAAGCUUUCUGUUUAAUGGAGUUGAUGAACUAGGAAGCAAAACAUUCAAUGAUUAUUUUCCACACUACUGCUGUGAGGAGGGAACUCUAAAUAAAAAAAGAAAUGUUGUUGGGAAGUCCUUUGAAAAUCGCCCGUGGAAUGCAAAAGGGGAAUUUCUUGUAUUUUAGGUUGAAUGACUGUAGACUGUAGAAGCUCGGGUAAACAUUUGCUGUCAAACUUUUAUAUGACAUUCGGUUAUUGUGGUUCCGCCAGCAGCAUACAAAAGACGGCUGUAAUUUUUUUACACAAUUAAUGCCCUACGAUGUUUGUAAUAUACUGUACUAUAUUAUAUAUUUUAUGUGUAUAUGCUAUGUCUGUACAUUUUUGCAUGGAAAUAAAUCCUGUAGCAAAUCUCAGCACUUACGGCUGUCCAACUGCAUGUUUGUAAUUUUGUUUCAACAUAAGUUUGCUGGGAUUCUAGUUACUUUUUAGCUGCAUCUGUCUCCAAUUAGCUCUAGAUACAUUAAUUUUUAUAAAUUUAAUAUUUUACCAUAUAGUUUA